CGCGUCCAAUCUGAUACGCUCCGUCUAGCUGUUGAACGCAAGAACGCGUCCUGUGUGAAUCAUGCCUCCCAACACCUGAGGUGGGAAAUACCUUGUGGAGAGCAGCAGCUUACACUCAGACUAAAUAUAGAUCCAUCGCGAGGGAACCCGGACACCGCGCCUCCCCACGCACAGCUCGUUUAUCUGCAUGUUGUGAUUAGCUGGAAAGUUUGAUUGUAUCGGUGGCAUCGUUCUCCAUUUUUAAAAUAUUCUAUUUUUGCUAAAAGGAAAAACACAGGAUUUCUUUAGAUAAAAAUAUAUUAACCUCUCAUCUACACACGCGUAAAGCGCAUUUUUAACUCCUUGUUCCUGGCGGUGCGCACGCACGCUAUCCAACAAGUGCAUGCUCGAAGCUCAACUGCUGUGUCUUAAGAAGCGAUCGAAGAGAAAACAGUUGGAGAUGCCUGCCUAACGACCUGGACCUCGAAUCGAUCCACGCAACCUCGCCAAUACGCACAUACUUUGUCGCAGUGAUAAAAAUGCGCGUUUGUUUAAUGCGCGUCGAGUGAGCUGGUGGAUUAUGUGCAUCUGUUAGUUUCCCCGCCGAUGGAGCCGCCGUAAUUCGUUGUUUUGGUCAUUUUUACAACAAACUAGAGACGGGGCGGUUUGCUUAUAUUUUGACGGUCCGAACCCAAAAGCCUUACAUCUAGUCCACCCGUAACCUGCGAAGACUUGUAAAUCCUUACACCUGGUUUCUUGGAGAGGGCUGCGCAAUUGCGCACGCUGUGAGAGUAUACUAUCGGCGCUUUCCAUGGAAUCCACUCCACGCGUGAUCUCCACUGAGGGUUUCGGUCCUAUCUGAUGUGGGGUAAAAAGUUGCCGUCUGGACAGUAAAUCACAUAUAUGAGGAUCAAUACACACGUGCUGGUUAACACAGAGCGCAAAAAUGCCUAUGCAUCCGGUGACUUCCACUUUGAUGUACCGGGGGAUCUGCACCAUUCCAGAUAUCCUGUCGUACCGGGCACCGGUCAACCUGCCUGAGGAUGAGGUGGAAGAAAUCCGGGAGGCGUUUAAGGUGUUUGAUCGAGAUGGGAAUGGCUUCAUCUCAAAGCAGGAGCUCGGCAUGGCCAUGCGUUCUCUAGGGUACAUGCCCAAUGAGGUCGAGCUUGAGGUCAUCAUUCAGAGACUCGACAUGGAUGGAGAUGGCCAGGUGGAUUUUGAGGAGUUCGUUACUCUCCUGGGGCCCAAACUCUCGGCUGCCGGGAUGCCUGACAAGUUUAACGGAACCGAUUUUGACUCUGUGUUCUGGAAGUGUGAUAUGCAGAAGCUGACUGUGGAAGAGCUGAAGAGACUCUUAUAUGACACUUUCUGUGACCACCUGUCAAUGAAGGACAUUGAGAAUAUCAUCAUGACAGAGGAGAAUCACAUCGAAAAUCCUGAGGACUGCCAGGUUGACAUUGACACGGAGAGUCCAACCCAGCAGGUGAAGCAAACAUGCGUACGGAAGAGUCUGAUCUGCGCCUUCGCGAUUGCUUUCAUCAUCAGUGUCAUGCUCAUUGCAGCCAAUCAGGUGCUUCGCAGUGGCAUGAAGUAACGUAUGGACCGCUCACAACGUAGAUUCAAUUCAACAUAAGACAGUGACAAAAAUGGCUAAAAAAGAAAAAAACACGCAUACAUGCACACACAAACUGGAGCAACUGAAAAGUUCAUUUUAUCUACGUGAAAUCCAAAUGUUGUAACUGAAAUAUUUUUGAGACGAGCUACAGCUUCCACUGGACAGAGUUUUUCAUAUUUGACAACUGUUUCAAAACGUAACGCAGACGAAUAUAUAAACGCACACAUACUGUGUCUUACCCUCAAUGAAAAGUACAUUAGGAGAGAAAGAAGAAGUUUAUACUGUAAUGGACUCAAAAAAGUUUCCCCUUCAAACCGCUCUCUCCCUCUUCAGUAUGUUUUGGGUGAGUUUAGCCGCAUGGACAUCUCCAACCGAGGAUCCUACUCUUCAAUGCAUGACGAUGCAUGGAUUUACAAUAGUCUGGAUGCACCAUUAGAGCUCAGCUGUGCAUCUGUUCACCUAUAUAUCAGAUCCCAAUGCAAAUUUUCCGGAGAAAGACCCGUCUCACACAUGUGAAGAGUUUUGGAUAUGGAGCGGAGGCCGUUUCUGACAUUUUACAUCCAGUAUACUGUUCCCUUUGCAUGAGAAUAAGGGCUGUUUAGGGCAUGCUCAUGUCAUGCAAUGUUAGUCUUGUGUUUGUCGAGUAACUAUCGUGGAUUUUUACCUGUUGCACAUGCCUGAGAUGAUUGUAGUAGUACUCUAUAUGGUCAAAGGGGGCGUGAAACAACCCAAAAGUCAUGCUAUACCACUAGUGACAUACAGUAUUAAGAGGUUUGUAGUACAUGGAUAAAAAUGCUUUUCUUUUCACCUGAAAUACACUAUGCAUUUUCAGGCUCACUGUUUUGAAUGAUCAGCAACGCUCGUCGGUGCAAAUGUAACUUACAUUUUUGCAAACAUUUGCACUGUAGUUAUCACGUAGAGGUGAUAAUUAGGAGCUUUUGAAUUGAAAUGACACGACUGACAGGAAAUGAUACCAAAUGAUUAUGUAAGUCACAGGAUAAAAGGAGUAUUUGAUUUCUGACAUAUCAGGAAAUGAUUUAAUGGUCGUUUUUGAACCAAAUCGUUGUCCAUUUAAGCUUAUCGCCUAACCUAAAUGGAUGAUCAAGAUGUUUUUAUUCAUUUGCAGUGUUAGGAAUAUGUGUAUUAAUAUAACCUGAGAGCAAACACUGUGGUAUAUCAGUGUUUCACCUCUAUUUCAAAAUAUAUUGUUCACGUGUCCAUAUGAAUGUGCCAUUUGUGACAUCGUUCAGCGUUUUCCUGGGAAACAUAGUACGUUUGGGAGCAGGUUCACUUGAUGAUCACGGAACAGAGUAUCUAAGGUGUGAAUAAUGUUUAAAAUAUGAAUGUCAGGGUUUGAAUAUGUAUCAGCUGUUAGUGUGUCAUUCGUUAAAGGGCAUUUUUCAUUCGUUUUCAACUCUGCCCAGGGCCUGAAUUGAUUUAGCUGUUAGUUACAGCACCACGAAACUCUUACAUUUGGAUGUCCAGGUAUAAAUGAAAUAUGCAAUGGAUGGAAACACCCAUCUCAGCACGCACACAGGCACUACCAUCGAGUGACAGUCAAAGAGGAGUCACAGGACAACAAUGUACAGGUUUCCCCCAUUAUACAGGCACGAUUACUCAUUCACUUAUAGAAAUGGGAAAACUAAUAAUGUUUCCAAGCUGCAAUCGCUUUAACCAGAGAAUAGCCUGUUAUUUAAGACUAGCACAAGCUGAUAAGGAAAUUCUCAUUAUAUCAUUACCGGAUUGGCUGGUAACCCUGUAUGCCCCAGAGUUUUAUUUGUGCUUAGUAAAUCAGAUCCAACAGAAUUAAUUAUUCACAAUAGCUGCUCAUUUAAAAAAAAAAAAAAGAAAAGAAAAGAAAGAAGAAAUGCAACAAAAGCAGAGCCUUGUUGAAUGCUUUCAGAUUUAUCACACUAUAAAUACCUUAAGGAUCUAUUUCUACUUGCUCUAGCCCUUAAAAAACUUUUGUGGCUGGUUAUAAUGUAUUAUAAUCAGAUUAAAAAGAUUUGACUUUAAUAUUAAAUAAAAAAAAAAAUAUAUAUAUAUAUAUUAUUAAAUUAAAUUACAUUUUUGACGUUAAUAAGACCAGUUGCUUAAAGGCUUAAAAUUAUUUUAUUAUUAAUUUUUGACAUGAAUAAAAACACCUUGAAAAAAGGAGUUACAACAUGGAGCAAUUUUUUAGGUUACCUGACAAAACAAUUCUUGCCAUGCAGCAAGGACCAAUGUUGGUGAAGGUUACUUCUAAAAGUAAUGCAUUACAAUAUUGCAUCACUUCCUAAAAAAGUAACUAAUCGUAUUACGUAUUACUUAAAGGUGCUAAAUAGGAUGUUUUGUUUUAUCCAUUUUUGCAAUAUUACUUGAAACUG